AAAGUGUUUCCAAUGCCUAUGGUUCCUACAAGCAGAACAUGCCUGCCUCUUGCUUGUGCUAAACAAACCAGUUCAGCAUUUUAUACGAUUGGGUCUAUAAGUGGCAAAAUUGGACACAUGGAUUGAGCUUUUGACGUCAUCUUCAGGAGUCACGACACUUCAGAAGUCUGUCAUCCAAGCAUGAUGUUGAAACCCAAGGCCUCAAACACGCAGGGCCACAUACUGAGCUGCAUCGUUGGCAUCUGUGCAUUCGCUGGAACACAGCCGUGUGUUCACUUUUGAGUUUUCUGGUACUCAAGUAAAGAGAGAGUAAAACGUAUAAACAAUGAGUAAAACACUCCCGAACUCCUGAGAAUUCGCCCCACUUCGCCUGUCUCUUUAAGACCACCGAGAGGGCGGGACUCAGCACCGAGUUACUUGGCGCUCCGGUGUCUUCCGCGUUUUCCGAGUCUUCGCUGGGUGACCGCGUUUGCUUUAAGAGAGGAGGCGGUGCUCUGCCCGGAGGAGGCGGAGAAAUCUAACACCCUCCCCCGGAUCUCCGGCUUCCGGGAUUGGACUGACCGGCUACCAGUGCAGAGCAUCCCAGGCCCCAACCUUUCCUGGACAGUUGGACCUCUUCCUGAGAGACCCCGGAACGUUUUCUACCUUACCCUUGGGAGAAGAGCCUCUGGCUGAAUGGCAGCUGUGGAUGACUUACAGUUUGAAGAAUUUGGCGAUGGAGCUACACUGUUAGCAGCAAAUCCAGAUGCUACCACGAUAAACAUUGAGGACCCCAGUGUAUCUUUUGGCCACCAACCCAGACCCCCCGGGAGCGUGGGGCGAGAAGAGGAUGAGGAGCUGCUGGGGAACAACGACUCUGACGAGACCGAGUUACUUGCCGGUCAGAAGCGAAGCUCUCCCUUCUGGACAUUCGAAUACUAUCAGACAUUCUUUGAUGUGGACACUUACCAGGUCUUUGACAGAAUAAAAGGGUCCCUGCUGCCGGUUCCUGGAAAGAACUUUGUGAGGCUGUACAUCCGCAGCAAUCCAGAUCUCUAUGGUCCCUUUUGGAUAUGUGCCACGUUGGUCUUUGCCAUAGCAAUUAGUGGGAACCUUUCUAACUUCCUAAUCCAUCUGGGAGAGAAGACAUACCAUUAUGUGCCCGAAUUCCAGAAAGUGUCUAUCGCAGCGACUGUCAUCUAUGCCUAUGCCUGGCUGGUCCCUCUGGCCCUCUGGGGCUUCCUCCUGUGGAGAAACAGCAAAGUGAUGAGCAUGGUUUCCUAUUCCUUUCUGGAGAUCGUGUGUGUCUACGGCUACUCGCUGUUCAUCUAUAUCCCCACAGCAGUCCUGUGGAUCAUUCCCCAGAGGGUUGUUCGUUGGGUCCUUGUCAUGAUUGCCCUGGGCGUCUCAGGCUCUGUGUUGGUAAUGACAUUUUGGCCAGCUGUUCGUGAGGAUAACCGGCGUGUCGCCUUGGCCACCAUUGUGACAAUCGUGUUGCUUCAUGUGCUGCUCUCUGUGGGCUGCUUGGCUUACUUCUUUGAUGCUCCAGAGAUGGACCACCUCCCAGCAGCUAUAACCACUCCCAACCAGACAGUAACAGCGGCCAAAUCCAGCUAAUGGGGAAAGCAGGUGGUGGCAUUUCAUCUCUCAGGCUCUCUAACUGAUGGGGAGUUAUGGCUCUUCUGGACACAGCAUCCACUACUGGAAUGCAGAAUGGCCAGCAUCAGCAGGAAACUGAUUGUCCUGGCCCUGAAACCCCAUCACCCAUCUAUCAAGAAUUAAGUGUUGGUCUGGGGGUAUCAGGCACGUGAUAGAACACUUGCCUCGCAUGUGUGGGGCCCUGAAAGUAAAGUGCAGUGAUAAUGCUUA